UACAACCCCAAGCCAAAUACCUAACAUAUUGUUUUACAUGGUAAUAAAGGAUUCUCCUGAUUAAGGGAGAACAAAAAGCAUGUAGCCUAUACACAUUUAUAUUAUAUGGCUCAAGAUAUAUUAUGUAUUGUUUUGUAACAUAGGUGACGGCAGUUACCCGUGUGACUGUGACAUAGCCACUUGUAGGCUGAAUAGCCGUGGCCCGCGAAACAGAUCAAGUAGCCUACUUCCAUAAUGGAGGGACAUGACCGCUAGAUAAUGAGGUGCCAAACUGGUUGGUAUCCUUGUUCAUAGUAAAGAGCACACUUGACUUUUAGCCAGAGGGUAAUAACAUAGUGAACUCAAAGGGUCUGCUCUGGUCCUCAUCCUCCAUGCUUCUAGGUAACAUCUCCUGUUACACUGUGUGGAAUACUGACACUGUCUAGCUUCAUGAAUCAUACAUUAGAGUCGUGCAUGCCCCUUGUGACUGCUUAGUUCACCAACUCUGUCACAAUGGCAGUAAAACACUUCUCAGUCGACUACAAGACGAUUAAUGAACAUGGCACUUUUUCAGCUGGGGAUACUAUCACUGGGCGGGUCACUUUGGAAGCAUCCAAGGAGACCUCUCUCCAGUCUCUUUUUAUCAAGGCAAAGGGGAAAGCUGAGGUGAAAUGGACUGAAAAUGAGGGUCAAAACCCUGUGGACUACAGUGGCAAGAAGAAAUACUUCAGUCUUCAAAUAUUGUUGCAGGAAGGGAAGGGGGAUGGCUCUGAAAUAAUUUCUCCUGGGAGACAUGUGUAUCCUUUCACCUUCCAGAUUCCAGCCAAAGAAAUGCCUUCAUCUUACAUGGGGAAAUGGGGCAAAAUCACCUACUAUUUGAAGGCCAAAUUGAUCAGGACGCUUUGGUUGAUAGACAGAGCCAAGACAGAGUUCACGUAUCUGUCAAAGACUAAUAUGAUCAUUCCUGGACUGAGGGAGCCCCAGCAUGGUUCCAAGAUUCUAUUCUUUGCCUCUGGAAAUAUCUCUUUGGACAUUCAUAUUGAGACAAUGGGGUAUCUAUCAGGUGAAGCAAUAAAAAUUCUUGUUGAGAUACACAACAACUCUACACGCACAGUAACCCCCAACUUCUACCUAUAUGAAAAGCAAAGCUUCUUCGCCAAAAAUAAAAGGAACAUCUACACCAAUGACAUCAUUAAAGAGAGAGGAGAUCCUGUUACGGCUUCUACAAGACAGACUGUGACCAAAGUGCUGACUAUCCCUCCACAACUCCCUGUCUCCCUCCUAGACUGCUCCAUACUGAAGUUAGAGUACAAACUGAAGGUCACUCUUGACGUCCCAACGGCCAAAGACCCAGAGGUUAAACUUCCCCUGGUUAUCCUCCUGGAUAAAUCAAUAGCAGCUGAGGAACGGCAGCAGGAAUACAGUUGGUCUAAAUGAGUUCUCGUGCUCUAGAACUUUGGCGAUUACUAAGUCUUUUUUAAACCUUAGAUUUUGGGCUGGAUGUGUCAAUGAUACAUGUAACUGAUUACAGAAAAAUAUAACUGUAAUCCAUUACCAGCUAAAACAUUGUAAUCAGAAUAAAAAUACAGAACAACAACCAAAAUCUAGAUGAUUACUUCUAGGAUUCAUUUUAAAUUCAGAAAAGAUGUUUGCGAAAAGUUACAAAAGAGCUACAAAAGAGCAGGAAUAGGUUUUUAUAGGCUACAGUCCAAGCUAUGUCUGACAAUGGCACCCAGGAACAGCAGCUGCAACUUUGGCUGUAGCUAAU